UGUAAGGAAAAGAAUUCCAGGGAUGCAGAAUGUUGGCUCCAGUACAGCAGUUCCAAUGAGCUCAUCUAGAUACCGGGAGCACAGCAGCAGAUGCUGAAGAGAAGCUGAUGAACCACCUCCUGAGCCCUGACAGGUACAAUAAGUUAAUUCGACCGGCUGUCAACUCCUCCCAGUUGGUCUCCAUAGAACUGCAGGUUUCCCUGGCACAGCUCAUCAGUGUGAACGAACGGGAGCAGAUCAUGACGACGAACGUCUGGCUGAACCAGGAGUGGAUCGAUUAUCGCCUGGCUUGGAAGCCCUCGGACUACGAAGGGAUAAAUAAGCUGAGGAUUCCUGCCAAGCACAUCUGGUUGCCAGACGUUGUGCUUUACAACAACGCGGACGGCACCUACGAGGUCUCGCUGUACACAAACGCCAUCGUGAAGAACAACGGGAGCAUCCGCUGGCUGCCACCGGCCAUUUACAAGAGCGCCUGCAAGAUCGAAGUCAAGCACUUCCCCUUCGACCAGCAGAACUGCACCCUGAAGUUCAGGUCGUGGACCUACGACCACACGGAAAUCGAUAUGGUGCUUAAAACUUCCAUGGCGAGCAUGGACGACUUCACGCCCAGCGGGGAGUGGGACAUCGUGGCACUGCCGGGAAGGAGGACUGUAAAUCCUCUGGACCCCACUUACGUCGAUGUGACGUACGACUUCAUCAUUAAAAGGAAACCUCUUUUUUACACCAUCAAUCUCAUCAUUCCCUGCGUGCUAAUCACGUCCUUAGCCAUCCUGGUGUUCUACUUGCCCUCGGACUGCGGGGAGAAAAUGACCUUGUGCAUCUCCGUGCUGCUCGCCUUGACUGUGUUCUUGCUGCUGAUCUCCAAAAUCGUCCCCCCCACGUCUCUCGACGUGCCGCUGAUGGGGAAGUACCUCAUGUUUACCAUGGUACUGGUGACCUUCUCCAUAGUCACCAGCGUCUGUGUCCUCAACGUCCACCACCGGUCUCCGAGCACCCACACGAUGCCCCCCUGGGUCAAGGUGGUUUUCCUGGAAAAGCUCCCGGCCUACCUGUUCAUGAAGCGCCCGCAGAACAAUCCCCCCCGCCAAAAGCCCUGCCACUGCAAAAAGGCAAAAGCAGAGCAGCCCUGUAUGGAGCCAGUUGACUUCUACAAGAACUCCACCUAUUUUUUGAAUACAGCCCCUGCCAAAAAAUAUGAGAUGAAAGUCUCUGAGACACUCGACAGUGUCAGCAGUCACCGAGAUUUCAGGUUGAGAACAGGCACGAAAUUUUCCCCUGAAGUCCAAGAGGCAAUUGAUGGAGUCAGUUUUAUAGCAGAGCACAUGAAAAGCGAUGACAACGACCAGAGUGUCAUUGAAGAUUGGAAGUAUGUUGCCAUGGUAGUGGACAGGCUGUUCCUCUGGAUAUUUGUCCUUGUUUGUGUCCUGGGGACUGUUGGGUUAUUUCUGCAACCCCUUUUUCAAAACCACACUGCUGCCAUGAACCCUUAGAGCUGUCAUUUAAAACUGGCAAUAUUUACACAAGGGUCGGGUCCCGUUCUACUCUCAGUUCCCCUCUGUUAAAUCCACAGAGAUGCCAAGUGAGUUGCACUUCCAUCCCUUAGGGUGGGGAAAAGGAAAGUAGAACUUGGCUUACUGUGAUAAGAAAAAAAAAUACCCCAAACAAGCAGAAAACUGAAAUUUUUUUCCAGUGAGUCCAGUACUUCUGGUGAUAU